GGAUGGUGGAGAAAGAAAUAAGACUGGCAGAAUCUAUAUUUACUAAAAAUUUCAGCAAGAGGUGAGAGUGACUGUAUAGGAAGGAAUGGGCAGCAAUAGAGUCUUCAGUAACAGCUAGUCAAACGCUAAAUGAGAUCUGAAUGAGGAACUAAACAGGAGGCUGGCUGGCUGGCUUAAGAACAUUGAUACGACUCUAUAGCCCUGGAAGAAUGAAACAAAGUCAAUAUCAAUGGGGUUUGGAAUCAGAAAUAGGAAAUAUCAUAGAGGAUAAUAUAAGUUUUGAUGUGUCUCGAAUAUUGCUUUGGCAUCUACAUUAGGUUCAAUCUGGAUACCACCUAGUCUAUUACUAGAAUAAUGAGGAGAGUCAGACUCGAUCGCUUUGGGACCAUCACAUCUGUUCAAAUACAAAAGAGUGCAGAUGAGAAACUGAAAAGUCUGUCUAGAGGUCAAGGGUCAAGAGCAACCAGUCAAGCAACAGAUGACCCUUUGAUGGAAAGACAUGAAAGACAAGGAAGAAGAGUUGCUGUGCCUAGUGAUAGUCAAACCAAAGCACGUCAUCGUUCAAGAAGUGAAGGUCCUCGACGACAUCUAAGCCCUAGUAGACAAGAUACAUCUGGACCACAAUGGGCUAUUAGUCAUGAACCACGCAAAAGUCCUCAUCCAUUAUGUUUGCGCCAGUUCUCCGAAGAUGAUAUCGUUAACAUUAAUCUAUCGGACAGUGACACUGAUUCAGGAGAUAGUGGACCAAAGCGAUGGACACGGAAUCCACUUUUGAUAAAAAAGACAAAACGGCAUGAUAAAACCAAAGCAACAGAAUGGAAACUAAUCACUCCACCACCACCACCACCACAACAACAACAACAACAACAACAAGAAAACAAAAGCCAAACCAUGCCAAAUUCAAUCAAUCGACCACAUGCAGGUAUUCCAUCACCUUCAAGUGGAAAUAAGCAGGACCAUCAAAAUACAUGGAGUAAUCCUAACAGAGUUAAUGCAGCCAUUCCUCAAAAAGCUAAGUUUCAGCGGUUAGAAGAAAUGAGACAACAGAGAAUGGAAAAUUAUCCCACAUCUGAUGAAGAAACCAACCCACACUCUGAAAUUUCAAACCAAAUUCGUCAGAGACUUUCCCAAGUUCAAGCAGGCCGUGGAAAAGGUAGAAAAGCCUCCAUAGGGGAAUAUGAAGGUGUAACCGCUAGAUCUGGUCAAGAAUACACAAAUUAUCUUAAUAUUUCAGGUGAUCAAAUUGUUCUAGAACCAAAACUAAAGACAGAAGUUUCAAAGCCAGCUCAAAUGACAGCUUCUUUUCCUUGCUACCGACCUAUGUCUCUAGGAUUUACUGCAAGUGGAAGCUUGUCUCCACCUCUUACAUUCAAAAGAGAUAACAAACCUCCAAGCCAACCAGAAAAACCAAAACCAAGAAUGGUUGUUGUUGAAUAUCCUCGCAAAAAUAACCAAAAUAUUGGGUUAUCAAAUAAUUUCAACAAUUCUUUACAGAAAGAAAAUAGAAAUGGAACAGAUUCUCAAAUAAUAAAUACAAAUUUUCAGUGUGAAAACAGGAAGGCAGCUGCAAGCAAUCCAAACAGAAAUUCCACAGCCUUUGCUUUUGGGAACAAUAUCCAAUGUAUCAGUCCUCCUCCUCCUCCUCCUCCUCAGCAGCAGCAGCAACAACAACAACAAAUAUUUCAGCAACAAACAUUUCAGCAACAACAACCUGAAAAUUUCAUUAAUCAAAACAGAAACUUUGAAACAAAUAGUUCCUUGCAAAAUGCUUUUCUCUUAUCUAAUGGGCAUAAUCCUCAAUUGAACACUCGCCCAUUGAGUUUUCAGCCAUAUGUUCCAACACAACCAAAAUCACCUCAAUUACCCGCCAAAGUGGAUCAACAUCCUUUCCAAGAACAAAAAAAGGAAAAAUCCAAAGCUGAGCAAAAACAAAAAAAUCGUAGAUCUAAAACAGGCAUAGAUUCAAAUUCCAAAGAAUCAAAUAUAAAACAUACAACAAAUUAUUCAUCAAAAUCUUACAGUGAUGGAGAUUCACUUGAUGAGCUGUUAGAAUCAAAUAAGCAAUACAUAGAACCAACAAGUGUCAAUAAUACUCUUCAAUUAACACAGCAUUCAAACUCACAAAAUGAGAAACCUAUAUCAGCAUCAGAAGCAUCUGGUUUACCAAAGGUCUCAGAACCAAUUCCAAUGUUACAGCCAGUUAUGCCUAAAAUUCCAGAAUUAGUAACAACUUCAAAACCAGUUCUACUAAAAAUGUCCUCUGAACCAGUCUUAAUGUCACAACAGUGUACAGGUUCAAAACUACUUCCUGUUACUCCUAGAAACAAACAACCCAUUACAUCUUCACAAAUUUAUACUGAAAAUAGACAGCCAAUUCUUCGCCCAACCCCAAUUAGAAUUUCAGAGCCAGUUUUAAUUACACAGUCCCCUGUCUGUGAGAGUAGUGCAUUCCAAUCUUGUAUGUCUUGGCUAAAAUCUCAUGAUAAUGCCCAACCAGCAGCUAACCAAAACCAGAGAGAUAAUCAGCCAUCAAAGCCAUUGGAAAAUGCUGAAACUAUGACCCAGUAUAAACCACUUAUAACUAUUUCAGAAAGUAUUUUGGUGUCAGAAUCUAACAAAAUAAAAAGCUCUCCUGAGGUAAUUAAAAAAUCUUUAAGCUGUUCUGCACCCUCUAUAGUAAGCUCAACUAAAGCUAAUAUUAGUAGUAAAAGUGAAACUCCAGAAAAUGAGUUAGCCUUACCAAUUAAAGAUACUGGAAUGUUUUCUGAUGUAGAAUAUGACAUUGAAGUAGCUGAAAGAGUGAAAAAGUGGGAAACUAAAAUGAAAACGUCACUCAAAAAUCCACCAGUAGACAGUAAAACAGGAGAAAUUCCUGACAUUGGGGAGAACCAUUUGCCAACAACAGUAAAACAUAUGGCGAGUGAGUGGUCAAAAUAUUUAGCUGUUAUCGAUGAAGAUUCUGUAGCGACAAAGCCUUAUUCUUCAGAUGUACCUACCAAACCAGUUAAUGUAAAUAAAAAUAUGAGUAAAAGCAAUAUGACCAGAAGUCUUUCACAAACUGGGUCUAUAUCUGAUGGUGACUUAUUUAAAGGUAAAACCCAUUCAAAAAUUAUGGUCGAUAUAAACAAAAGUCUUCUCCAAAUAUCACCAGAUGUAAAUAACACAACUGCAAAUGGUCUCAGCCAUAGCUAUCAUGAAGGAAUAAAUAAAUCACCAACAAUAGACAGCCCUCUUUUCCUUCCAGUAAGAAAUUUUUCAAGUAAUAACACAGGUGAUACACUUAUACCAGCCUCCAGCCCACUGACAAACAAAGAUUAUCAGUUUUUUAUUCCAAAGCAUCAUACAGCUGCUUCUGCACCAAAUAGUGGAUCUACUACUUUGGAAUUGAAAACAAAUGAGAAGAAAACUGUAUUGUAUCCUCAGGAUAUAAACAAUACCAACAUACCAACUGGAAAUUUCCUCAGAAGGAAAAGUGAUAUAACAUCUGACCAUAGCAUUAGUCAAAUGGUAUCAAACAGAAGAAAUGCAGAACAUGGUAACUGGAAAAAUUUGAUUGGUGGAAUGCAAGAAAAACUCAAAGAUUCAGAGAUAUGGUCACCUCAAAUGGACAGUCAUCAAGGACCAGUUAGUAUUGAACGAGUUACAGCCAGAACUCUAGAAACAAUCCCCUUUUCUGAAGACCCUUUUUGGAAAGAAAUUGAGGAAUUAACAAACUUUGAUCAUCUUAUGAAAGAAAGUCCUUCAGAAAGAAAGAACUCAACUGAAAUUGAUUCUACAAAAGCAUUUACUUCUUGUCAAAUGGAUGCAGCAUCUACUCAGCAUAUGAAACCUUUUUCCUUACCUUCUUUUCCAGCAUCUAAUGCUGAUAAUAAACCUCAAUCCAAACCAUAUUCAACUUCAAGUCUCAAAUCUUCAAACAAGAUUGCUAAUAUGAAUGCAUUAGAUGAAGUUCUUUUGGAUCUACAGCCAGUCCUUGGUAACAGAAUGUCAAAUAGUCAAAGAAAGAUAUUUGGCAGCCAUUCGGACAUGUCUCACAAAUCAAGUUCACCAAAAAGGCCCCUGUCUUAUCAUUCAGGGUCUUACCAUGGAGAUCAAUUAGAAGUUCAUUCUCAAAUGUUAAAGGCUGCUUGUAAUAGCGGUCCCUCUGCAGAACGUCCUGAGUUUUCUUCCCAACAAAAUCUUUUACAACUUCAAGAAGGCAACCAUGGAAAUUUGAUGUACCAAUCUAUGACUAAACUAGGAGAGAAACAGUAUGAAAAUGUUGUCAAUGGUAACUAUCAACUAGAUCCCUCUGUGCUGAAAGAGAAACUCAUCAACACAGGUUUGGUUGAACGUUCUCCAUCUGGUGAUGAUUUAGCCUUUCUAAUUAAGAAUAUCCAGGAAGGAAAUAAUAAUGUCAUGUUUGCUUUUAGAGACAAUGAAAAGCCAACUACCUACACACCUGCUCAACCAGAAGAAAAUAUAGAGGAACUUAAAGUUCUUGCAAGUCAAGUCGAAGAUAAGCUUUCAGAAAUUAAAUCAAAGAUACUCAAAGCAGAUGAAUCAAAUCUUGACAGAAUUCUCAACACUCUCAAGAAAUUCUCUCCUGCAACAAGUGCAAUGCUUUCAGCUGAUGUUAAAUCUUCAAGCAGCAAAAAAUCUAAUACAGAACAUUUUGUAAACAGGAAAGCUAAACUUAGUGAAGCACUUAAUGAAUUGGAAAAAAUUUACACCCAACUUAAUAUCGGCAAUGAAACCUUAUUGGACUGCAACAAACCAAGCAAUUUUUCUUCUCCAUAUUCAAGCCAAGAAAGCCAUUGUUUUAGAUUAUCUUCUUCAUUUUCCCAGCUGUAUGAUAAUACAACUGGACAUGUCAGUUCAGACUCAUUUCAUUCUGACAUGCGCUACUUGUCAACAUCUGACCAUGGAUUAACCACUAGUCAAAGAUAUCGAGAAUUAAUGCAAGUUCCAGUGAAAGAUAUUGGUAGCAAAUACCCAAUAAAAACUGAAUCUCAGACAUCAAAUUCUCCUUCAGUUACUGAAUCACCUUUAAUCAAAACUGAAGAUGCAUCAGGAGAUUCAGUAUUGUCUACUUCUGAUGUUCCUACACGGCGUGCAAGAACAAGACGCCAAAGGAGGUCACUAGCAAAUGAAAUGAACCAAGAAAGUAAGAAAUUCCAGAGUAGAAAUAGUGGUAAAGAAGGUAAUGAUGGUCCAAGUGUAUAUUUGUCCUCAAUAACAGUAGAAAAAGGAUCACGGUCAAAAUCUUCUGCACGAUCUGACACUUCAGACGGUAGUUCAAGACUAAUUAAUGGUACACCUCGACCCAAACCUCCGCCACGAUCUUCUAGUCUACAUCGUAAAUCAGGACGAGAUGACGAAAGAAAUCAUAGAAAGUCAACACCACCUGAUUUUGAUAUGAAACACACUACUUCUAGUAGUCAAUCCCAGAGUAGUAAUGGAAAUAGAGAAAUUCAGGAAAAUGGAAAUAUUUCAAAACAAAACUUCCAGCAACAAUUAAGGCAAGAACAGUCAUGUUCAAGUGACAGUUCGGCUGAAAUGGUACAACAGAAAAAACGACCAGUUUCAAAAGGUAUAGCCAAAAUGUUGGAUCUUUUCAGCUCAAGUGAUGAAGAUCGUCAUCGUAAAGUUAGGACCAGGUCGAGACAUGAAAGACGACCAAUCAGUGAAAUUAGUGAAGAACAAGGAAAUAAGUUUUCUGAUGAUUCACAAAGCUCAAAAUCUUCUCCAAAAAGUCAAUCAUCUUCUAAAGUUAUGACUCCACGAAAUGUAAAACAGCGACAUGAAGCAAAAGCAAGACAAAAAAUAGUAAUAGCUCAACAAAUGAUGAUGCAAGAAAAUGAGAGUCCUCAGCCAUUACUCUCUGAUGAAAAUUUAGCUACAGAAGAUAGUUCCACUGCUUCUAAACCUCCUUUACCCAUACCUAGACAACGGUCACAAAGCUCUGAGAAGUGCCUCUCUUCGUCUGAUGAUAAUGUGAGAGAUGAACAAGGUGGAGAAACACCAAAUGAAUCUUCUAAUAAUGAAAAACAGAGAGAAAAGUCAUCACCAGCUUCAUCAAAUAAAAGUAGGAGUCGCUGGAGUAUAUCAUCUGCAAGAGAAUUUGUCAAUGCUACUGACAGUCCAAUAUCAUUUGAAAAAGUUGCUGAAAAUGAAGUCAAUGAUCAUGCUGAAAGAUGUCAUAGUUUUCAUGAACUUUUUGCUUCUUUCGAACCAGAUCGAAAGCGUAUUGACAAACUGAAGCAACUACAAAAAUCAGCUUCAGAAGAAGCAGCUGAGGAAGAAAAUGGUAAAAUGCAUACUUUUCAUUCAGAACCAGACUUACGUGAUAGUAUAAAUAAAGGCAACAAAAGAUUUGACUAAUCCUAAUCCUCUUUUUAAGGAUAACAAUUAAGGGAUAGGAAAGUUCUUUUGCAGCAGGUUGUGAAUAAUUUUGAGAGUUUUUUUAACUAUUUAAGUAACAAAAAGGAAGAAAGUGGAAGCUUGUUAGUUUAGUUGAUUCUUUGUAUUUUAUAUGUAGAAAUAAAUGACUAGAUAAACACAAAAAUUUGCAUGCAUAUAUAUGUGUGUGUCUGUGUGUAUAUAUAUAAAUAUAUGCAUGUGUGUAUAUAUACUUUCAUUACUUUUAAUCAUGAGAAAGUUACAAAAGUGACUCAAGGGCUGAUAGUUACAUUCAUAGCACUUAUCAAACCUAAUUUGAUAAGUGCCAAGUGCCAUGCAUGAAACUCUUGACCCUUGAGUUACUUUCGUGAUUUUCUGCCAAUUAAAAAUAAAAUAAGUAUAUACAUUCAGGUAUUGAAUUCUAUUUCUCAUUUGUUCUACUAUACCUAUAUAUAUAUAGAUAGAUAGAUAGGUAGGUAGAUAGAUAGAUAGAUAGAUAGAUAGAUAGAUAGAUAAACAAAUAACAGAUGGGUUGUGUUUCACUCACUACAGUUGUUUCAGAUGUGUAUUUAUUGAAAAGAAUUAUUACAUCAUGCAAAAGAGAAACCCGUUUUCAUCAGGUGAAUAUAUGUACGAAUUAAGCAUUUCAAAGCAUCUUAAAUUCCAAAGCAAAUGCUAUUUUGUGACUCUCUAAAUUUUGGUCAGAGUGUCAUGAAAUGGCAUUUGCUUUGGAAUUUAAGAUGUUUUGAAAUGUUUAAUUCAUACAUAUAUUCACCUGAUGAAAGCAUCUUUUUUUUUUUUUUGCAUGACAUAAUUCUAUUCAUCAAUAAAAAAACAUGUCCGAAACAGUUGUAGUCAGUGAACCACAAUCCAUCUGUUGUUAUUUGCUUAUUAUUCACCUUACUUGAAACCUGCAGUUCACAUGGAUUUGGAGUCUAUUGAGUGCAGUACAAUUGGUGCAGUGUUUGUACCUAUGUACAGCCUUGAGACUCAUAGUAUAUUCAGUCAGCCAUUUGUGAUUGUACAUACAACUGGAAUAUAAAUGCGUGUUUACUUUAGUAAGUACAUAUUUGUUCCUCAGAUACUGUUUGUACGCAAUAGCAAUUUGACUGGCCUGACCUUGGUGCUUUACUAUUUAAGGACCUGAUUUACUUGAAUCCUGAAUUUUUAUAUAUAUACAUAUAUAUUUAUAUAUAUAUAUACACACACACAUGCAUAUAAACACGCACACGUACAUAAAAAUAGAAGCGCACAAAUUUCAAACAUGCUUAAAGAAAAUAUUUAUAUAAUUUUCAUAAAUCUAAAUACAAUUAAGUAGUUUAUUGUUGAAAUAAAAAAAAGCUGUAAUUAAGAAUGAUAUAUAUACACAGGUAUGUAAGGUAGCUAUAACUCAUAAUAUAUACUAUAGCAAAAUAAUAUUUGCUAAUGGACUAUUUUUUAUAAAAAUUGAAAAAUGUUUUGGAAAAAAACAAAAUGCUAUAUGAUAGCAUGUAUAAAAUAUAAUGUAUAAUGCUCAAACUAUAUUUCGUUUACAGAAAUUGGCAGAAAUUAAGUAAGCAACAGUUUUACAAGAGCACACAAGAUGACAAAUGGAUUUUCCUACACCCUUUUACUUUACAUUUCGUCUGCAUGAAUUUAUUGUUGCUUAAUUGAGAAUUACAUGCCUGUCAUGAUAAACUUCACAAAUUUUACUGUCAUAAAAGGAAGCCCUUCAUUUAAAUCUGAAACUACAAUACGUCACAUUCAAACAAUUUUUAAACAUUACAAGGACUGUUAUGUAAAUUUUCUGGCCAGCUCACCAAUGUAUAAUAUUGACUAGCAUCUUUAGUUAUGCUCAUUGAAAUAUUUUUAGAGAAGGCAUCUUCCUCUUUUGUAGUGCUUUUAAAAGGCCCAAAAUGACAGUUUUUCAAUAGAAUCCAUUAAACUGUGAUCAAUUAAAUAUGUUGUUAAUUACAGAA